UACCUGUCGAAGCUGACGAAGCGCGUCGACAAAAGCGGACGAAACACGAUUGCGGUACACACGCCGUAGCUGCAUCGUGUGACUGGUGGCGUCGAUUGGCUCGCCUUGGCCCUCUGGCAACACUUCCUGUCCCGCGCAAUCCGUCACACAUAGUGACACAGGCAGAGCGGAGGGAACAUGUCUCUGACGGUGAUAUUCCUUUCGGCUAGAGCACGGCGAAACCAGUUUCUCACUUGGCCAGCGACACACUGAGCACGAGAGAAUGAUGGUGCGAAUGGUGCUCGCCACGGGCUGGGUGCCAGCUCUGGCCAAUAGCCGUCUGCGGUGGCCGUUUCAUCUACGAACAUCUUCGCGGGUUCUGAGCCAUUGUACUGUCUGUACUGGAAAGAGAAAGCAGAGAAAGAAGCCGAGAGCCUUUGAGCAAACUGAGGCCGUGGGGCUGGAGAGGUCGACGAGCAAGAACGUUUGACAGGGGUGAAAUUCCUCGUUGAGGGCUGUUUAUUCAGUUGGCGUACAUGAGGACAUUGCCCUUCUCUUGCAAGGUCGGUGACGACAUAGGCUGAAGAAUCACCCUGAUCUCUCGGCUCACAGCUGAGUAAAUCUGCGACGUGUCAGGUUGAAGCAUACUCCGCUGCACUCUGAGGAUGGCACUGUUAAUCCGAGUGAUUCCUAUUCUGUUGGCAAUUGCUAGUCUGGGUGAUGCUAGUUUCAUGUUCCAGACUCUGCAAAUACGAGCCAGCGGUGAGAGGUGUCCGGAGACUAGCUGCGAGCAUGGCGGCCGCUGCAACGUCACUAGCAGAACUUGCAGCUGCCCACCAGGCUAUGCUGGCAACCUCUGUGAAUAUCCUGUGUGCAAUGUGGCCUGUCAGAAUAACGGUACAUGUGCCGGUCCCAACCACUGCCACUGCCCGCCAUCUUACAAAGGAAAACAAUGUGAAGAAUGCACCAGCUAUGGGCGUCAGCAGUGUCAGCAUGAUCCAAUGUGCGCGGUGUAUGAGGAAACGUCUGGCGAGUGUUGCCCCGCAUGCCGACAUCACUACUGGAGAAAUAACUGCGUGCCGGGAACAUGCCGUCCAGUGUCCGGGUGUAUGCGCUAUGAGUACGAGAGCAGCGAGGACUGCUGCCCGAGGUGCGUUCGCACGGAUCCCCGCUGCCUGGACUCGGUGCCGUGCGAGCUGGAGCCAGGCUGCAUCCAGCAUGCGCUCAGCGUGCCGAGCGGGAAGUGCUGCCCGCGCUGUGAGCGUUACCGGUGCAGCGGCAUUGAGUGCCCGGCGGUGUUGGACUGUAUCAAGUAUGCUGCACCGCUCCCUGGACAGUGCUGUAGACCGUGCCUGGCACGUCGCGAGAGCUGCCCGGGCAUAAGUUGCCCCGCAGUGCCAAACUGCGCCGCGUACAUACAAAGACCGAAUAUGUGUUGCGCAAAGUGCAAGCGAACGAAGCCUGCUUCAAAACGAAUUCCAGCCGAUCAUGGCUGUUCUACCGUCCAGUGUCCGAGCACCAUGGAGUGUCAGGUGAAGGGUCAGCGUGCCGUGUGCCGAUGCCGCCGGCGCUGUCCCAAACGGAGACGAACGACCUGCGGCUCUGACGGCAUUCUACAUCGCAACAGGUGCCGGCUGCUCCGCUCAGCCUGCCUGAAGGGUGUCACGAUUCGUCCGGUGCAAAUGGCCUUCUGCACGUACUACGGUCCAAGAAUCCAAAAGACCUUGGUAAAUCUGCAGAGGAUGAUGAAGCACGCAAACGCCAACACCAACCCAGUCACCUUGCUUGGAGGUCUGCUCUAGUUGCAAUGCCAACCACGCGCCAGCAUAAAAGUUGUGGGUGGUCGCAUCCUGCAUGCCUUCCAGGCUUCCGAUUUCUGAUUGCCAAUAGAGUGCACCUUGACACAGAUGAAUACUAGCACCACCAACGGCUGGUGAGAACUACAGUUACCAUAUCCUUGUCAUUUCUUGAUUACCUGUUAGAAGAGCAGAACUAUGUGCAUACACGUUGCCUUGACAAUGCAGAUAUCCAUCAAUAUUCCUUCAAGACUAUUGCCCAUCAAACGUUUAUCCCACAUCUGAUUAUGAUUAUUGUAGCACUGAAGCAAAUACCUAUUACCUAAUUGAAAUAAAAAAUAAAUGUUAAUAUUGCUAAGUUGAAAACA